AUUAGUUCCCCUUUGUUCCUUACGCAACAACAUGGCGCUGGGCAAGGUUUGUUAGUUCUUUUCUUUUUUCACUCUUUAUUGUGGUAGUGACGCUACUUUCAUAGACAGUGGGGGGUUAAAUCUGAUAGGAAAGAAAAAUGAAUGUCUCUCAUUCAAUGAAGGAAUCAAUGGAGGGUAUAGACUUAAUAUCCUUGGUUUCUGUGAGUAGAGCGAUUCUGGAAUCGCUCCCGUUUUACAGUUGUUCGAAGUGAUCAAAUACACCGCUAAAUUCUUGGGCCGGGAUGAGUUCGCUUCUUAAAACUCCAAUUCCGAAGAUUUUGUAUGGUUUCGCCAUUAUGUUGACAUUUUUGCAUGUUAUUGCUGACGUUUUUAUUGGUGACCUUUCAGUUCACCUCGAGGUCUUGAUUGGCUUAUGCAAUAGCUAGCAUCUAAGGGAGUGUUGGGGGCGGGGAAGGGGAGUGGUGGCUGAAUGUUUUUCAAGAACGAUGCCUUGGCAAGAAAGUGUAUCAUGAUGGUCCCUCUGCUUUGAAAUUAGUCAAAAUAAGCUACUAGUCUAGCAUUACGUGAAACCAUAAUCUUUGUAACAAAAGAUAAAAAUCAGAAUGGACGAUGGUUCACUUUCUGUUACUGUGAAGUAAAUCGCAGCAGGAAUUGAAGAUUGUUUUCUUGUUUUCCACUAACACGACUAACAAUGUGCCACAAAAAACUACUUAAUAAAAUACUACAUUAAUCACAUUAAAUUUUUUUUCUUUCUAAUUUGCAUGUCUGUUUGUGUUAAUGACGAGAAUUUCUAUUAUCUUGAUGAAUGCCUACUCAAUUUUCGCUAUCUAUCACAUUGGCAACAAAGUUAACUAUUGCAUACAUAUAUGAUAUAGAAACUAUUAAAAAUUUUAUGUUAUUAAAUGGAUCAAUGAUAGAUGUUACCAUCAGUUAUGAAGCAGUUUCUACAGAGUGCUGUUAACAGAAUGCACUUACCAUCCACAAGUAUGUUUGGCCGAUGUUCAAGCACAGCAGCACCUCAUUUGGAAGAAAAUAUCUCCAAGUCAUUUGUAACUGGACCUUUGACAAUGCUCUCUGAAGAGGAGGAAAUGAUGAAAGAAACAGGUAAUAUUUUUUUUAUUCAUUCUCAGCUAAAACUCCUGUUGAUUAAAAGUUUGAAAAAAAAAACCUGAGAUAAUUGCAACACCAGUCUGAACAAAAUUCAGUGUCACAUGGAACCAGUCAGAACUCAAACUAAAUGUAUGUGGCUGGUUUCGAGUGGCUUUAAAAAAACUUGAAUGAUUAAAUUGUGGUAUGUUCUCAUCUUACAUUUUAUUCAUUGAAGAAGAGGGGUCAUAUUUCACUGAUUGACUGAAUAUCUCAGAAAAACAGUACUAAACCACUUGUGGAUGAUUUUUUACACUCAAGAAAAAAUUGCACAAGCAAAUGAAUUAGCAGUGAUCAAAUUUAUACCCUUCAAUAACAAGGCAAUGUUUUAAUGGAUCUGAGAGACUGAAAUUUCCCAAUCUUUGAAGUUAACAAAAGUUAUCUUUCUUGGAUUUCUUUCUGUUGGUCAGUAAAACUAUGCUUUUGGUUUUCCAGUUGCUAGGUUUGCUAUGGAGAAGAUACAGCCACUGGUAUCAGAAAUGGAUCAGAAUUCAGAAAUGGAUCCAUCAGUUGUAAGGGGCAUGUUUGAACAAGGAGUAAGUUGAAAUGUUACAGUAGUGUUAUUCAAUGGAAGGGUUGUCAAAUUUUAAAAUAUAUUAUUUGCAUCAGUUAUAGUUUUUAAGCAGUGUGCAUGGCUAUCUGUGUAUCUUUUUCCAUUCUACUUGUCUGUCACCUGGUCAGGCAAAUAAUUGGUCAGUCUUCAGUUAGUCAAGAUAAUUUGGCUUAUCACCUGAGUUGGUGAUGUAAAUUGGCCACUGCAAAGAGUUUCAAAGCUGAUGUUUCAAGCAUUAGAUUUGCUUGAUCAAUCAACCAAUUAAUCAGUCAGUCAGCCAGACAUGGCUGACAGACAGAUAGAAAGUCAGUCAUUUCAACUCUACAACAGGUUAAACAGAUUUUUUUUAUAUGAAAGCUAUGCUACUUUUCCUUCUACCUAAGGCAAAGUCAACAAGCUAGUUGUUUAGUUUACUAGCAUUCAAACAGCCCAUCAGUAAUAAGCCCGACAUUCUUGACACGAUUGAUCUAGAUAGCUCUUACACAAUCUGGUCCAUCAAGUUCAGAUUCAUGAUUUCCUCUUCUCUCUUGUUGCUCUCUUCAUUAUUUUUAGUUAAUGGGGAUAGAAGUAGAUGCUGAUUAUGGAGGAACAAACUCAUCCUUCUUUGUAUCAUGUCUUGUGGUUGAAGAACUGGCCAAGAUUGAUCCUGCAGUCAGUGUUAUGUGUGAUGUGCAAAAUACUUUAAUUGUCACACUGUUCAGGAAAUAUGGCACACCCCAACAGAGAGCAGAGUACUUGCCAAAACUGGCAGAGAAUAUGGUAUUUAAACUUUAGUGCUUAUGACUACAGCUGAUACUUCUUGUUUUAUACGAAUAUUGCAAUUAUAAUGAAAUUUUCCUUUCAAGGAGGGCUGUCUUUGUAUUAUUUUUUUUUAUUUUUGAUUUCAUGUGCACAUCAUUUAAAUAGUUACUUUUAUUUUUUUAAAGGGAGAUUGGGAUGAAGUGGCCAAUAAGGGAAUUUGUUUGUUGGGGUGGAGGUGGGGGAUGGGGGGAGGGGAAUGGAGAAGAGGGAAAGGAGAGGGAAUUUGGGGUUGAGAACAUGAUUCUGUGUUAAUCAAGAUCAGAUUUCAGAUUUCCAGAAAAUUGGAAGCUUGGGAAACUUAAUAUGAUUUUCUCUUUCCAUGUAUUGUUGAAAAUUAUUAUGAAAAUUGAUCAACUUCUGGAAAGGCUGUUAUGUGUAAUGGGGAUGUAGUAGUGUUUCCUUGAAAUACAAAAAUGAAGGGGAAAAUUACAAAGAUUGAAGUCAAAGUUAUAUUUGUCAUUAACUUCCAUCAAGGUUUUUGUGAGCUAUUAGUAAGGAGGAUGGUUACAAAUUAGAGAUAUGAAAAUUCAAGGUAGAAAUCCAGUAUGUCAGUUAAAAAAGUAUAGAAGGACUUGUUGAAGUAACACUUGAACAUAUUUAUUUUUCUAAGGUUGGAAGUUUUUGUCUCUCUGAAGUUGGCUCAGGAAGUGAUGCAUUUGCUCUUGAUACAAAAGCUGAAAAGCAAGGAGACUUCUAUGUGAUAAAUGGCUCUAAAAUGUGGAUCACAAAUGCUGAACAUGCUGGAGUAUUUCUUGUCUUUGCUAAUGUUGCACCAGAAAAGGUAAACAAUGAUAAAACUCGUGUGACUCUGUUGUUACCCCCAGUGUAGUCAGUGUCAGAGUUUCUUUGUUAAUAAUAUACAUGAAAAAAAUUUCACAUGUCUGGUUGGCUGAAAGUUAGUACAUUUUUCAUGUAACAAGAGUGAAAAGUUGUAACACAAGUGCAAAAUAUAAAUAGCACACUGCCAAUUUUUUUUUUGUCUUUACUUUCUGUGAUGCUUUUUCAUGCAGAUUAUUAAAAAGUAACAACACGAUUUCUCAUGCAAUUUGGUGUGAAUAAGCACUUUUGAAGUUUUCAAAGACUACAAAUCGCACUUGUCCUAGGGGCUUGUGCAAUUUUUUUGUCUUUGAAAAUUUUACUUGUGCUUAUAUUUAACACUUAAUUGUACUUAAAAUAAUGUUGUUACUAAUACUAAUCACACCCAACUGGAAUAGUUACAAUUACGAAUUUAAGAAUUUCACUUCAGCAAUCUCUUUAGCAAUCUUCCUUACUGUCUGCUAUACAACUCUUAUAAUUUUUGGGUGGAUCAUUUGAUGUUGGACCAACUUAUAAUCCCUGAAUUGCUCAAGAUUCAACAAUCAGCAACUAUCUUGCUUUAUCAUAUAAUUUUGUUUGUUAUAUGUAAUUCAUUCAGACCCAGUUGUUCAAAGGGCAGAUAGCACUAUCCAAUGGAAAGAUCUCUAUUCAGGGGAUAAGUGUUAACAAAAAAUACUGUGUUGUCUGCCAGGCCCAGAUUAUUUGAAGAACGGAUAAUGCUAUUCAUCUAAUAAAUUUCUGCCUAGUCAUGGAUAGCGCAUUAUGGCUGGCUGGUGAGUUAUCAGUCAGAAAGUAUUAUCUGCCCUUUGAACAACCAGGACUUUAUUUAAAAACUUGUUCUCACCCAGUGUUUCUAUGCAUCUUCUGUUUUGUUGUUAAUCAGGGAUACAAAGGAAUAACAACAUUUGUAGUCCCAAAAGAAACAGAUGGUCUUUCACUUGGGAAAAAGGAAGAUAAGGUAUGAGAUGGUAAAGUUUGUUAGCUUAGUCUGUUGGUUGAUAGUUUGAAGUACUACUUGUGAAUUGUCAAAUUAUUUUAAUGGACAGUGAUAUCAGAAAAUUUUCCUAGGUGCAUGAAUUGGGGUGAAAUAACAAGUCAAACAUUCAUAUGAUACCUUGGAAAAUGUUUACAAACGUUUUUGAGUUUUUCUUUUUUUUCAAUCAUAGCUUGGAAUUAGGGCAUCAUCAACAUGUCCUGUGCACUUUGACAAUGUGAAGGUGAGAAUUUUUUUGUUGGCUUAAUUUUGUGAUAAAAGUGUUACAUGUUUAUCUUUGCACAUGCAGUCAAUGCAUUAGGUUACCACCCCUCUCAGCACACUAUUUUAACUGGUGGUUUAUCUAUCCAUUGACUCUUUUUGUCGAUUUUUGUGCAGGUCCCUGCUAGUGCAGUCCUUGGUCAGGUUGGUCACGGCUAUAAGUAUGCAAUUGAGUGUCUAAAUGAAGGACGCAUAGGGAUUGGAGCUCAGGUGAGUGAUUGACACCUUCGCAAAUUAUAGAAAUUGAUCAGAGUAGUGUGCAAGAUACAAGAGGUGUGCUUUCAAAUAAAAUUCUCAUUUUAUUUGCCAUAAUCCACUACAACCCACCUCAUCUCCUUAGUAGCUUAAGAAUGAAUUAGCCCCAGGAUAUAAGUAGAGUAAACUAAUAAUCAUUGCACCCCUGUAUUCUCAGAUGGUUGGACUUGCUCAGGGCUGUCUAAAUUGUACAGUUCCUUACUUACAUGAAAGAAAACAAUUUGGCCAGAAGAUCUGGGACUUCCAGGUAAGAGGAACUGUCAACCAGUCAGCCACACAUUGGAGACACAGCUACAAAAUUACAGUAAACCCAUUAGGGUAACUCCUUUGCAUAGAGAGCAGAAUUCACGAAAGGUGUUGACAUAACCCAACGUUGACAUUGGUUCUAGCCAGAAGCAUGUGAUGCUUCUUCUUAAGCUUGAUUCAUCUCUUUAUGAUUGUACUUUUAAAGAUGCAUAGAAAAUCAAUGAGAGCUGCAAUAACUCAAAAGGUAGAGGGUAUGUUUUUCAGUCAUGGAGAAAGAAAACAGAAAUUAAAGAGGAGGUGAACCUUCAGAUUGACACUUUUUGAUCAUAUAGUGAAGAUGUUUUCAGAUACUACUUUUUCUAAUUUGUCUAAUUGUUAAAGCAUUUUAGGUUAAACUUCUCAUCAUCAAUUUUUCUACCCAUACAGUAUCACUAUAAGUAUUAGUGCUACUUGUAGUGCUACUUGUACUGUGGUUAGUGUUAUGGUUAGCCUUGACCUAAACAAAUUUGAUUCUUGUUUUGAUUGCUUCUUUAGGCUGUCAAUCACCAGGCUGCACACAUGCUUACGCAGAUUGAGGCUGCUCGGUUGUUGGUGUAUAAUGCAGCACGGAGAAAGGAGGCAGGGCUUCCCUUCCUUCGAGAAGCUGCCAUGUCAAAGUACUUUGCAGGAGAGGUACUGUUUAUUCUCAAAACUUUAUUUUCUUUGUCUCAAAGCUUCACAAAGAUUUAAGAGUAAAGAAGACAGUUUGGCAGGUAAUAUAAAUGUGCUCUAAACAGUCAGGAUGCAAAGGAUUGAGGAUGACAAGGAUUUUGUUGAAUGAGACUGACUGUACUGAUUCUACCCUUUUGUACAUAUAGAGGAGGCAGUUGUGGUCAGUUCAAGGUCAUGAGAAAACAAAGCAGUAUUAUUAGUAAUUUGGCAAUUAAAGCUCAUCAGCAUGGGGCUUAGCCAUUGGCUCUAUGGAAGUCUUAUGACUUGCAUGCUGAUUAAAUUGCACAGUCUAAGAAAGGACUAAUAUUUAAACUGCUUGUACUUAGUCUACACCUCUCAAAAUUGUUAUCUACAUUGAAAAUAUUAAUGAGAUUAAUAUUCAUCUAAAUUGUAUCUGCACCCUCCUGUGUGUGUUUACUUUACAGUCAGCAAGAUAGAAAAGAGAAAGAAUAUGCAUUAUUUGUUUCUAAUCAGGUGGCCACCUUGACAACUUCAAAGUGUAUAGAACUGAUGGGAGGAGUGGGUUAUUCCAAACAGUAUCCUGUGGAGAAAUUCUACCGUGAUUGUAAAAUAGGUUGGUGCAGUUUUUAUGUCUGAAUUCAAAGCUUGGGGCAAAGGGGGCUGGACAAAGACAGGAGAGAGGGCAAACUCUUGUUUUCAGUUGGCCUGGAGCUCUAUGCAUUCUUGGCAACCUUAAUCCUCUGUUUCUGUACAAUUCAUGGUGUUUCCUUGAAGCUUGAAACUUCAGAACAUGCGCAGAUCAUGUGGAUCAUGAGUCAAGUUGUUGCAUGUUUUUAUUCACCUGUCUUCCUUCCAUGAUCAUAGUGUCCAGGGCCCAGUUGUUCGAAGGCCGAUUAGCGCUAACCCAGGGUUAAAUUUUAAUCUAGGUUUCUAUUUUUCUCUGUUCAAAAGCUGUUUGAGGAUAAUUUUCUCCAUUUAUUUUCAGAGCAUUUUGAAGACAAAAAAGAUUUCAGAAUUUUUUUUUUCUUCUUUCAGAUCUUAAAUCAAAUUUUAUACUAAUCCUGGGUUAUCUUAACCCAGCUUUGAACAACCCGGCCCAGGUCUGUUCAGUUCAGACCCAGGGUAAUGGUCUUUUCCUUUUGGCCUAUGAUCCAACUCAUUUAAUAAUAUCUUUUUUAACCCUUUAACUCCCAAAAUCUUAUUAGUAAUUCUACUUACUGUCUGCCAUAUAGUUCUUGUGAUGUUAGUUUGGAUAAUUUGGUAUUGGAUCAACUAAUUAGUAUUUUUCUUUAUUCUCAUCACUUGUCUGCUUGAUAUUGUAAAGAGAAACUCUUUCUUGGUCACCCAUGGAAGUAAUUUAAUGUGAAGUAAAAUUCCUAAUCCUUGACUACUUUUUUUGUUGUCUAUGAGAUGUGCAGUCUAUGAAUUUUAAAAUAUUUUAUAUUUUCCCAAGCAAUCUACAGAACACACUGCUAGCAGCUAGUUAAACAUUUAUUUGGUUUGAUUCAGUCUCCUGCAAAUGAUCAUCCUCUAUUUACAGUCUUGUGAGUGCAUCAUUGGCUUUGUGUCAUGUUAAGUUCUUGGAUCAGUUUCGAUUUUUGUUCAUCUGCAGGGAAAUUGAAUUUUAUUUUCUCCCAAAUCAAGUAAUACUUAAACCAAUUUAGGGCAAAGUACAAGUAUUAAAAGGAUGACUGAACUGGUUUCUUUUGUUUUGAUCACUAGUUUGAGAUAUUUUUUUUCCGUCAAUCUAAGUGUUCCCAGGUUCUCUUGACUGUUUACCUCAUUGCGGUAAGUAAACGUUGUCAUAAAAAAAGAAAACCAUGGAAAAGCCAACUUUGAAGUUAACAUGAAGCAUAAGCAUACAGCGUUUGCAUAUAUUUUAUCUUUGUUUUUAUUUAUUAAUUUUUGGAAUAACUUGAAAUUUAAAAAGAACAAGUAAUACUCUCAACAAGAUUAAACUAAUUUUAUCAGUAGAAAUUCUAUGAAAAUAAUUCGGCUAGCAGGCAUACAGCCGGCGGGUAGUUUCAUAUGCUAAAUAAUUCCCAUUUGGUUUUUUUCCUUUUUCGUUUUUUCGUUUCAGUUUUAGUCUAUGAUAACGUUAUUGAACUCAGGAGUGUUAAUCUGUUUUGUACAUACAUUUUUACACGUUGUGGAUAAUGAAAAGAUUGUUUGCCUCUGUAGCUCUAUAUUUAAUAAAAUCUUGUUCCAAAUUUUGUUUCUCAGUGAAAAUGUCAUUAGUUAACUCCUGGAGAGUUUUGUUGUCAAUCAAAUAUCUGAAUGUUUGAAUUACCUCGGUCAAACACUACAAUUCGGCCAUUGUUUAAAACUGCUGCGGACCAUGGAACUUCAAAUUCUCCUAAAUUGUUGCCUUUUGAACCAAAAUCCCCGACAAAUGUUCCAUUUAGCUCAAAUACUUUUAUAAUAUGAUUAUCUGAGUCGCAAACUAUUAGGUGGCCUGACGUUGUUAAUGACAAGCAUCUAGGUGUGCGAAGCUGUCCAAACUGAUACUUGAAGUUUCCUUUCCUGUCGAAAACUUUGAGGCAAUUAUCAUUCGUGUCCGAAACUACAAAAUUGUUAUCGCACUCAACGCAGUGGAUAGGAUAGGAAAGAGAGCCUUGUUCUCCAAUUUUCAUCAGGAACGUGCCAUCAGGAGUAAAGAUCUUAAUCAAUUUGUUACCUGCAUCAGCAACAAUGAUGUUGCCAUCACUGUCUACAGACAAACCACAAGGAUCAGAGAGCUGAUUGUCCAUGCUUCCUUUUUCACCAAAGCUUCCCACAAACUCGCCCAUUUCAGUAAAAGUUUGUAUUCUACUGUUGUUGUUGUCUGCUACGAAAAUGCAUCCAUUUUUGCUGAAAGCUAUGCCCGUUGGUUUCUUAAAUUCUCCCUUGUUUGUGCCAAACCGGCCAAAGGAUCGCAAAUAAGUUCCAUCACUGUUAAAUAUUUGGACUCUAUUGCAAUCAAAAUCUGUGACUGCUAUCUCGUCCUUGGUAUUCACUGCCACACCCCAGGGAAGUACAAACAUUCCAGCGGACGAGCCGUGUUUUCCAAAAGAUAAAACAGGUUGAACCUUAAAUGGUUGUACCUGUACAGCAAAAGGGCUGCCAUGAACAUGUUCCCCGUUUGCCAUUAUUGUCACUUCAUAUCUGCCCGGAAGUUGGGGAAAAUAACCAAUCUUGUAUGUUCCAUCUUGAUCAGGAUUAAGGUGUACUUCCGACGCGCAUUCUCGUCCUUGUUUAUCCUUAAUCUCCACUGUUACAUGGUCACGCGCAUUAUAGCACCGCUCUCCUCUCGAGUUGUUUGUGGUCAGUAGAAAGUGAGCCUCACGUCCGGCUAUUCCUGACUCAAGUCCUCUGUCUUCGACGACACAUCGACUUGGUUUUGUUCGGUUCGGUUCUUCCAGAAAACCAAUUUCUUCGUUGUUGACUGUGUCCAACAUCUUUUGGUUGUUCUCGAAAACUAAACGAAGUGGUGUAUUUUCGUGGUCACAGACAAUUGGCUCGGCUCGAUCAAUAUCCUCACAGAUCGUUGCUAAUGUUCUCUUCAGUUGAACGACUUCGCUGUUUGAACUUCGUGUUAACAGUUUAUCAGCUUUGACAAGAGAUGAUCGUAUGAUCGUCAUUUGCUUUUCAAUGGCAGCCUUACGCUUCGUUAAGUUUUCUUUUGACCUGUUUGAUUGGAUUUCCAACUCUUCAAAUAGGUUACGUUUUUUGGUUUCGAUGACAGCAAUCAAAUUAUCCACGAAUGCUUGAACUUCUUUCUUAGCCUCUUCACUUCGUUGUUUAUGUUGGGCGAAUUCGUCAUCAAGAAUUUGAACCUCGUUCAUUUUAGCUUGCAACUUUUGUGUCUGAGUUUCAAUCAAAGCUCUCAUCUGAAUCCUCUGUUUUUCUGCUUCUUCUUCAAUCAGUGUCAUGGAGUGACCUCCGUGGUUUACUACGACACAAGCUUUGCAAACUGCCGUUUCACAGUUUUUGCAGAAGUAUUUUAGUUCUUCACCUUUAUGCCCUUGUUUAGGGCACCAUGAAGGUCGUUUCAAUACCGCUUCAUAGUCCUCGUCUUGAAAGUCUUUGAGCGCCAGAACACGAUGACCUCUAUUUUUUCGGAUGAUUUUAUGCGCGAGUAUGCACUCAUUGCACCAAAACGCGUAACACUCAAAACAAUAAGAGGUCUCGGAGCUUUUCUUGUCGCAGUUUCCGCAUCGCACUUGGUUGGUUCUGCAUUCCUUGAUGGCCAACACAUCAAUCAUACCGUUGAGGUAGAAACUGGUUGGAAGAUCUUUCAGAUCACCAGUUUCAGGGACUCUGCUGAGUGCUUGACAGUUUGGGCAUAUGAUUGUGUCUCGGCCAUGGCUUGUUCUGUGCCACUGUUUCAAGCAAUUUAGACAGAAACUGUGCAAACAUGGUAGCUGUUUUGGAUCGGUGAAUAUGUUGGAACAAACUGAACAAGAAACUUCUUCACGGAGAUUAUGGAGCAAGGUUAUGAUAUCCAUGUUGUAUUCCCGUUCAGAAACGAUGAAGUGUAGAGGUGUGCUCUUUCUCGUAAUCUAACACGAGACAGUGAAGUCUAGAUCAUCUAGAAAAUAUCUUAUGAACUAGCAGUUUGUUGAACUAACCUUUCCCGGCGUCAGGACCAAUGAGGAAUCGUUCCGAUUGAAGAAUUUGACCCCGGCAUGCUCGGAUGUUUAUCAGGUCGGAAACAAAUAUGUGUUUGUGCUGAACUCUUUACAGACAUCGGUCAUUUUUAAAAUUUUUUUUCUCGUUCGCUUUUGAUAUCACUUCUCACAUUGCUGUGACUUAUUUUAGCAGCACUUGCUCUGGGCGAGUUUCGCAAUCAUCAGAAAUGUUAGAAUCAAAGCCGAGUCUGCAAUCCGGCCACUCCAAAUGAAACCCAACCGGGAACAAUGGAAUAUUGUGACCUGAUACAAUCUUGGAAUCUACUCGGUUUUAUAUGAUAAUUGUGUUUAACUGGAAAUGUCGUUGAUAACUGACGUGGUUUGUUAUCGGUUAUGCUUUAUGAUUCUUAAGAAUGGGAUUCUUUUGCGUGUUCAGGGUUGAGAUGUUUUGCGAGGACGCGAGUGAGACCUACAAAUGACUCCUCGCUCGCGCGUGCUCAGCGUGAAAUUUCGUUUCAUGUCACCUUGUUAAGUUUUUUUUUUUUUUUUUUGCUGUUAGCGGCGAUUACGUUUUCUUUCGCUAUGAUAAAUUCACUUAUAGGUUGUCUUUGAAGAAAAAGUCCCAAGUUUAUUUGCUACGAAAAGGCUCUCUUUGUGCUCUCUAUUUUCGUCUUAACUUGAAAUAAUUACAGGUACAAUCUCUAACUAUUUCUGUUUUCUCUGCAGGCACUAUUUAUGAGGGAACCGCAAAUAUUCAACUUUCUACAAUUGCCAAAAAUAUGAAAGAAUUUGAACCAUGAUGAUAGAAAUAUGAUCCUCUGUUCCAACACUAAUCAGGACUUGACUAACAAACUUUCAUUGGAAUGGAGAUGGGAAUCUUAAAGGAAUCAAAUGCUAUUGGUAUCAGACAGUUGUCAUUACUGUAUUAUUGUAGAAACGGUCAGAGAAACUCUUAGAUUGGGAUCUCUGGUGGUCCUCAACCCAGUGGCUCAAAAAAGGAUCUUUUUCUCAUCUCUAAAUUAAAACAACGGUGUGGCAGGUUAUGGAUUUGUACAGCGGAGACAAUCAAAGAACCGCACGAGUAUGGCAGAUAGAGUGAUCUAGUCCAAGGCGGGAUGGAGGUUUUCGUGUCGCCUGUCUCCUCUGGAUUAGUCAAAGCUGACUCUGCAUCAACUGUUAACAUAUUAACAGUCGAAUUUUAGUUUUAUCUGGUUCUUCAAGAAAUUUUCAAAACUGUAUAAGAUUCUUUAUGCAAGGAAAAGAACGAAUGAGGCACAAAGAUGAAUUAAGAGCAUUUUUGGGUAAUCAUAGAACAGUUUUAAUGCUGGACUCCUGUUUUUCUUUUUCAUAUACUCCUGGGAGAUUAUCGAUGUAUAUUUAAGUAGAGAGACCUUAGGGGCCAUUUUUUUUUUUGGAGAAUGAAACAUGUUAAGCAGAAAGGGAAAUACGCAGGUUUCUCAUUCUAUUUUCUUUCAAAGGG